AUGAAGGCUCUCUUUGUGCUUGCCUGCCUUUUGGCCACCACUGUUCCUUUUGAGGCUGGUAGCAGCAGUGAAAGCAAAGAAAGGAGGUAUUUCAGACGCUCCUGUCCACCAUGUCCAGAGUUGCCAAACUACCCACCAAACUAUCCACCAUUUGGCCAACCGCCAUUCAUCUGGCCUUAUUAUCCACCAGGCCCUGGAGCACCAGCUGACCAACCACCAGCCUUCUGGCCUUUUUAUCCUCCAGGACCAUUCCCGAUCCCUCCACCAUCGGAUUGA